AUUUUACCGUCAGUCGGAAAGCAAAACUCGUCAAGAUCAAACGGUUUUCCUCAGCUUGCGGUUGGAUUGUAUCUAAGACAUCAUCAACACCAAAGCGAAGGCUUGUGUGUGGUGCGCCCUUGUGUCUACCUUGCCUUGCUUAUACUUCCGCAAAAUUAUCUGUGUUAUAAUUCUGAAUCAUCAGAGGACACCCGAUUAGGAUUGCUCCCGAAAAAGUGAUUGAACCGAUUUUAAACAAAUAUCCUACGUCGCGAUUGCUGAACUAGGAGCAGGAUAACAAUUUUUGUUCAGAUGUUAAUGCUGAAGAUGAUAUUAGAAGUGCUAUGUUCUAAGGAACAUUUAAAUUAUCUUACUAGCGUGUGCGUAUCUCGAGCUGAAAAUCGCGACGAUAGCAGUAUUAUGUAAAGGACUGUGUUCGGAAUUAGCAUGCGACGGAACUCCAGUUGAGAAAUUUGUACGUUUGAGUUAUGCGUGUGGGAAAUUGCGGCAUCUGAUAGAAUUGAUUUUUCUCCUAGCGCUCACACACAUACAUUGGUGGGUAGUUUUUUGUCCGGCGGUGAACAGCUGAAAGGUCCGUCGACCGCGAAGUGAUUUGAGUAGUGGGGGUGGGUACAGAGUAACUGGACAAUCAGACGUUUUGCAUCGUGACACUGUCAAAUUCAAAAUUUCCUAGAAAAUUCACUGUUGUUGACAUUCCAGAGAAACAACGCCAUAUCUUGAUUGCCAGCUGGAGCUAUGGUGAAUUAGCCGUGCAAGAAUAUCCUGCAUAAAUAACAGAUCUUAGUGGUGCUUUCUCCGUUUCAAAUCACACCAACCGGAAAGGUAAAAGGUUUAAUUCAAUUAAAAUACAGACAGGCAGUAGUGGUUCUCAUCGGUUAGAACUAAGGAAUCUGUAUAGUGUAUUCGUGCGGAGCUUCAGGAAGGCGAGAGGGUAGGAAAGUGAAAAUUGUUUCUUCCGUGUAGUGCAAAAGAGGAAAGAGAGUGUUUAGAACUUUCGUUGGUUUUCCUAUCCGCAGCAAAAAUAGAAGCAGAACGUCAAGAACUUCGCAUUAAACGACUGAACCGCAUUAAAGGUGACUGUAGAGUGUGCCCUCGUUAGAGAGUAUAAGCAGUCGCAUCAAACCAGGAAACAACGAGAAACAGAGAGAAAGAGCAUUCCAAAAACCAAAAGUGAGAGUGGGCACGUCGGGAAAACGCAGAGAAUAACAUAGAGUUUUCCUAUGGGCCUCGGUGAGAAGAAAACCUGACCCAAGAAAGCAGAAGAUUCACACCGAAUGAAACCACCAGAACAGAAGGUUCAUCUUUUUGCCGGUAGCGCCAGCCUGGUGUUGGUUUUUUUUGGUUAGUCGCCUGAACCCUGGAACGCGUGUGAACGGUCAGUCCGUCGUCAUCCAGCAAAUCAGUAGUUGCGGGUUUUCCUCUGUUUUUCGGUGGGUUGUGUUUCUCAAUUCGUGGAAAAAUUAGGUAACUGCAAGGUAAGCGUUUAGUAAGCCUUUGGUGAAAGGUUUUAUUCGGAAACGAAUGUCCCAAGGCAAAAGAAAUUUCUGUGGAAAGCAAAAGGAAAAUCAAUUUACUUGUGUAGUUGUGUGGAGUUUUAUGUACUAUUGUCGUUCCUUUCCAUAGUUGCCAUGUGUACAUAGAGAAAAUAAGAGCAAAAGAACAAUACGAAGAGCCUAUUUUAGUACUUCGUCCUGUGCCGCAGUGGAACCUAAUUAUAUAAGAAUAAACUUGAUUUUUUAAUGUUUUUCUAUUGGUUCAAUUAGAGGAAUUUCCAGUGUAGAAUGGUGAUUGAAUAAGUGAUUUUGGAAAUAGUUGGCAAACGAAUUUGAUAGACCGUCAGACCGAGUUAGAAACAUCGAAAAUCAAUCAUUAGUGUUCUAUCAGUGCUUCAGUAGUCCAGCUUUGCAGCAGUUCAAUGUUGGUAGUAUAGUUCGUCGUGUUCUUGGGAAAACUAACCCGUGCUAAUCGAUGUUUACAGUUGUAUGCAAAAAGCCUACAUUUAGUAUCAUUAUUUCGUGUUCGAACAACUACUCAAUUCAUAUAAAUACAAUUGAAGGAACUUGCACUUUAACGCAGUUUGAAUGGCAUACAAAGUGCUAGAUAUAGUUUGAAAUUUACGAAUCGUUGAAAUAAAAUCUUGUCGGUGUUGAAUAUCGGUUAUUAAUAACAAUUUGAUGGUCGGAAUAAUACAAAUUAUAAACGGACCAGAGAAACACUAGAGAAACAGGAAACACCAAUUAGUGGGAGAGACCGCAAAGGUCAGCGAAUUGAAUCUGCCCUGGCGCAGUUGAACUGUGAUGGUGCUCUACGUGAAGGAUUUUUAUCGUAAGGAGCCCGACCGGCUGAGGCGGCCGCGACUCGUGUAGCUCUGCCAUGAACAAGCAUCUCUGGAAUAGCGAUACAUCCUGGGGAUGUGUCCAGGCGUUGCUGGCGCUGAUCCUGACCAUCCUGCUGUUGCCUGGUUCAGGUGGCGCUCUGGACCCCGGCAUCGAUCUGCUCGACGCGCUAAGUUUACACACAAAUUCAUCCCAAUCCCAAGGGGUUACAAUCACACAAGAGUUUCAACAUCAAAGGGUAUACCAUUUGUCAGGUGGCGAUCGAAAUCUUGUCCUUCCGACUACGGCUUUUCGCCGGGCUGUAGACAGGAUGAAACAGACGUCAGAUUUUACGUUUGCCGUCGUCCUAAAGCAGGAGCAAGCUAACUCUGGGACCAUCGUUUCCUUUUCAAACGGAAACAAUAGGUAUUUAGAAUUACAAUCAAGUGGAAGACGUGACGAAAUACGUUUUCAUUACACACACAUAACAGCAGCGGGCGUAUCGCAGAUGCACACCGAGUCUUUCCCGUAUCGACUCGCGGACGACGCCGAGCACAAGGUGGCGCUAACGAUCAGCGGCACCGAGGUGCAGCUGUACAUCGACUGCCAUCCACUGUAUAAACGAGUGACACAUUUUUUACCAGAUCGAAAUUUUAGUGCUUCCAAUAUGCAAUUAUUCGUCGGACAAAGAAACUCAAAUAGUCAUUAUUUAUUUAAGGGUGAUUUAAAAGAUUUACGUAUUAUCACCGGCCCGUACGGUUAUUUAUCACAAUGUGAACUAAUGGAUGCACAAUGCCCCACUUGCGGGCAGUUUUUAGAAUUAGAAAAUGCUUUAGUAGAAUUAAAACAAACCUUGUCGCUGUUAACAAAAAGGCUAGUGGCUGCAGAGAUGCGUGUCUCGUAUAUAGAGGAAUGUGAUUGUAAAAAAUCAUGCCUAAUUAAUGGUACAAGUAAAAACGAUGGUGAUAUAUGGGAUAUAGGUUGUAGUCAGUGUAAAUGCGAGCGUGGCAUCGUCACGUGUGGUCCAAGACCAUGUCCAGAGGUUAAGUGUAAACAUCCAGUAUUAGAUGAGGGUGAAUGUUGUCCUAAGUGUUUAACAAAUUGUUACAUUAAUAAGAAAGACUAUGAACACGGUGAGAUGCAGAUCAUAGGCUGCCGAAACUGCACCUGCAUAAAUGGCAAUAUGAUAUGUGUCAUCAUGCAGUGUCCAGAGCUCAAGUGCCCGCCGGAGCAGCAAAUGUCGGUGACGGACGAGUGCUGUAAAUUCUGUCAAGGAAUGGACUAUUGCUCAAAGGGUCACGCAUGUCAUACUAACGCUACGUGUCUUAAUCUUAACACCAAGUACACGUGUACCUGUCGCUCGGGCUUCCACGGAGAUGGGUAUGAUUGCUCUGACAUCGACGAAUGCGCUCAACAGGGUGGUCUUAAUGGUAAUCACUGCCAUCUGAACACGCGAUGCGUCAACACGUUCGGUUCGUACGUAUGCGAAUGUUUGCCCGGUUACCGGCAGCUGGACAAAUUCAACUGCGGCGAAAUUGACGAAUGCAAAUCCGGAGAGCACAGCUGCCAUCCACAUGCAGACUGCCUCAACACGGCCGGUUCGUACCACUGUCGCUGCAAACUGGGCUAUCAGGGCGACGGAUAUGACUGUAAACCGGUGUGCAACCAAACUUGUCUAAACGGGGGCGAAUGCCGGGCGCCCGGAGUUUGUACCUGCCGUGCGGGUUAUGAGGGUGAAUCCUGCGAGAAGGAUUUGGAUGAAUGCGCAAAAGGAGUGCAUCGAUGUAAGGAGACAACGAACUGUGUUAAUAUGCCAGGAUGGUACUUUUGCAAAUGCAAACCUGGAUUUGAAACCAAAGGGAAAGAUUGUGUAGAUAUAGAUGAAUGCUAUCUAAACACGCACAGCUGUCAUCCGACGGCCCGAUGUGUGAACACACAAGGACAUUUCGAAUGUAUUUGUCCGACGUCUGCCGCAGAUGAAGUCAGUAGUAAUGGCAGAGGGUCAUGGUCAGCUGUCGAAUGUAGGUUAAGUUGUAUGUUUGAGGACAGUGAGAUUCCUGACGGUGGCCAGAUUUCUCCUCGGAACCAACCAUGCAAAGUGUGCACCUGCUCGAAGGGAGUAAUCAGCUGUGUAGAGCCGCCGUGCAACUGUACGAAUUGGAGGCGAGGCAGUGCGCGAGAUCUUUGCUGCCCCCAAUGUGAUCCCAAAGAGUCUUGUCAGCACCAGGAACUGAAGCAUGUGACAUUCCGCAGCGGAGAGCAGUGGAUUUACCAGUGUCAGACGUGCGAGUGUCUGUACGGUGAGUUCGACUGCUGGAAGCUAGAAUGCCCUCCGCUGACUUGUAAUAAUCCCCUGCCGAUGGAAUUGGGCGAAUGCUGCCCUCGGUGUCCGGACGAUAUGUGCGGACUCGAUAACACAACCACCAACGGAAUCACGGGGAAAAACACUUGUCUGUACGAGCAGCGCGUCUAUACCUCUGGACAGACGUUCAAGUACCCGUCCAGAGAGUGCGCCACCUGCUCCUGUAAGGUCCCCUACUGUGCCCAACUGGACGGUAAGAUCACCUGCCGUUACGAUGAUGAUUGUAUUAAUGAUGAACUACGAAAGAUUGAAAUGCCUCUUGCAAAUGAUAGCAUUACGAGUAGUCUUUCUAAUAAUAAACCAUCGCAAUCAACGACCCCAAAGACAUCACCACGAUCAUCACCUCAACCAGCAACAGCCAUCAGUGACAGGGGUAAUACAAAAGCGACGAUCCCACCCGCAGCUUCAACUUCAGAACAAUCAAUCCCAUCAAGCAUCUCUGCAACCGCAGAGCCGAUACCAAAGCCAAUUCCAACCCACUCCACAUCUGUUACUCAGCAAAAGCUACAACUGCAGCGGGACGAGAUUACAACUCUACAGCCUGCAUCAACAGAGCACCAUCAAUCGCAAAAGCCACGCUCUCGAAGUUCAGCUAACGCAGCAAAGAAGCUUCUCAAACGCUCGCUCCCAAGCAGUGCUGAUGGGCAACUCGAGACCACAUCGUCUUCAGCACCUCUCCGAAGGUAUAUUGGUAACUAAAUUUGUUAAGAGUAAUGAGUAUUCCCACAGUUGUGGGACGUCGAUGACCUAACACUCAUCACACAAAAUUCCCCCUAAUCACAAAUCAUACCAUGAUCACCAAAACCAUUGUUUCAGCUCUCUUGUGAAUCAGAUAGUUUAUUUCUCCACUGUAGGAAACUCCAGAUAUAUCCAAAUAUUAAGGACAAAAAUUAAAUCUUACCGUAGUUAUGUGUACAUUUUUUUGUAAUUUAUUAGCAGCUGAACAAAUUUAAUAAUAUUCCAAACCACAUACAUAGGAUGUUUAAUCAAAGACAAAUUGAAAGUUAGAAAGUUCAAAUUCCUAAAAUCUUUUAAUCUACGAAACAAGCAACCAAGAACGACAAUUACCGCAACAGCGCCCAAAUUUAUGAAUCAAACUAAUCCAAAAUGUACGUAAUCGUUUUCUCUCUUUAGUCAUUCCGUUAAAUUCGGCCAUAUAGUCAUCUUUCGCUUGACA